AUGCGCGCCGCCAAAACCGGUCGUGGUAUCCAGGCGAAACUCUUCAAAGGGAAGAAUAAAGGAAAUGAUGCGCCACCAGCGCCGAUUUCUGGAGCCAAGUUUGACUCGUAUGAACGCGUGGUGCUCCGAGAGGCUGGCUUCAAACGGCCCGUUGUUAUUCUUGGAGCUUUGGCGGAUAUAACGAGGGAAUUGUUGGUCGGCGACUAUCAAGAUAGAUACGAAGUUGCCCGCAACGACUUGGCCCACCCAGAUCUCCAACAGAAAAGUCGCAGAAAGGGAAUCAUUAAGCUCGCCGUUAUCAACGAAAUCAUCGAGCGGAAUAAGCACGCAGUCCUCGAUAUCACGCCGACAGCUGUUGAUAAGCUCAACUAUUCUCAACUCUACCCAAUCGUUAUCUUCCUCAAGGCCCCAUCCGCAAAAGUCGUCAAGGACCUGCGACAGAAAUACUCCGUCUCUACCAAGGAGAAAUCCACCAGCUCGAAGAAAAUGCAUGAGAGAGCGCAAAAGCUGGAACGCGGUUACAACUACUUGUUCACUGACGUUAUUGAUCUAGCCGCACCCGACUGGUUUACAAGGGUGCACCAAUCUAUUGCUGAUCAGCAAAAUGGACUUGUUUGGGUAUCAGAAAAGGUCGCGGCUCCUGAAGAAGACGACGAAAAUCUCGAUCAAGAUCAAGACGAUCGUCUGAGCUAUGUUUCUGCACCCAACUCAGAAUACUCCGUCACCACCAUCGGCUCUGAAAUGAACAGAUCGAGAAGAGCCGACGACUACGAGUCGGAAGAAGAGGAUGAAAAUGCAGAACCAUUCCAGUUUGAUGAUGAUCAACAAAGCUAUCGUAGCGACAGCAGAUACGGCAGAGACGAGCGAUCUAACUCGGAACUCGCGCCGAAUGAUUAUCUGUCAAAAGCGAAGAAUAAUAUGAGACGAGUUCCUCGCGAUCCAUCUCCAGAACUUCCUCCUCCUCCAGUCUCAAAGCCUCCUCUUCCCGAUUCUUCCGAUGAAGAUGUUCCAAAGCUUGCCUACGCAUCACCCGCAAUGACGAAAAGCUCCUUCCCUCCUUCUCAAGAGCGAGAAUACAGUCGCCCAGCGGAUCCAGCUCCAGUGUCCAGUAGAAACGACCCUAACCGCUUGUCCGAUCCAGCGAAAAUCCCCUUCCACCAGAGGCUCGACAUGUUCAAGCAGCAGGAUAAAAAAGAAUACAAUAAUUACGUCAAAUCUAUUCGCGACCCGCAGCCAGCUUUCCAGCAACGGCUCGGCCCUCGACCUUUCAAAACGAGGCCAGAGCAGCAGACUUAUGACUCGGGGGUUGAACGAGAUGAUCCGAGAAAUCCACAGUCGCAGUCUUCUAUUCCAGUUGUGGAGGAUGAUGAUAACGAUCCAGAGGUUGUUGCGACUGCAAGAGGAACUUUUGACGUUUCUGGUGGUGUUCUAUCGUCAGUUGAAACUGGUGUCUCAAUCGUCAUUCCACGAGGAGCAAUUCCACCAGGGAUUCAACAAGAAAUUUACUUCAAGGUCUGUCGAGAGCUCCACGAAGGCGUUCCGCCGCUUGAUGAAGAGCGAGGGGAGCGAUUGCUAUCACCGAUGGUGAUGUGUGGCCCCCAUGGAUUGCGCUUCAACCAUCCCGUCGAGCUACGUCUUCCACAUUGCGCCUCCAUGACUCCGGAUGGCUGGAGCUUUGCCUUGAAAUCGAGCGACAAUGACAACGCUGCUAAUCAGUGGCAGAAUAUGCAACUGGGCGACCAAGUCGGGCAGAACUCCGUGUCCGUGUUAAUUGACCAUUUCUAA